UGAUACGGUUUUUCCAAUUUCAAGGAUAAAACCAAAUACUUUUUAUAUAUAUGAACGCGAUUCGGGUCAAUCAGGAAAGAUGUGAUAUAACGAACUCAAUCAUUUCGUCAUCCAUUGGAAUCAAAACAUAAACAAGUUUUACCUUCGUUAAAAUGUCGGUGAAAUUUAGUUUGCUGUGUAAAACAAAUUUUUUGCUCAAUCGUUCCAUUUUAAAUAUUUCAAAACCUAUAGCCAUUGGAUUUGCUGAUGAUAAAAGUUCCAAUGAUAAGACUGAUUUAUAUGAUACCCUGGGCUUAAAAUCGUCUGCAACAAAUGCCGAAAUUAAAAAAGCGUAUUAUGAUCUAACUAAGAAAUAUCAUCCUGACCGGAACGAAGGGAAUACAGAUGCCUCUACAAAGUUUAGAGAAGUCGCAGAAGCCUAUGAAGUUUUAGGAAAUUAUGGAAUGAGAAAACGAUACGAUAAAGGCCUUCCAUUAUCAUUAGUUAAGAAACAAACUGCUCGUUCAGCUAUUGUAGAAAAAGAGUUGAAAUAUCAAAAAUUUUAUGAUAGUCGGGGAGCACAACAAAAGUUUGAAUGGCAGACUAAUGAAAAAGAAGAUGAAAAACCUUCUAAAAAAGAAGUGAUUUUUAAAAGUCGUCAAAAAAUGUGCGAAGACGAAUUAGCAAAAUCAAGUAAAAUGCAAGGUCUUGUUGCAGUUUUUAUUUGCUUUAUUGUGUUUUUAACUCAGGUUGUCUAUAGGAGGAAGCAAUAAUUGGGUUUAUUGUUCUUUAGGUUGUUAUUUAUUGUAAAAACGUUAAUAUGGAUAGAGCAUUCAGUGGUAUAUUUGAGGAUCAUAAUUUGUGUCAAAUGUACCAUAGUAUUUAAAUUUACCUCACAUAAAAUAAAAAUAUAUUAUUCAUUUUCAGAAA